ACCUAAUUUCAAUUUCUCGAGGCGCCUUCUUCUACUUUCUCCUAUCUACAUUCCUCACCAACUCGUCCGCGAUAUAGAUACAGGAUCAUGAUCAUGGAUAUUUAAACGGCGGAAGUUGAAGAUUCAGCGCAGCUUUGCUGCACUUCUAUCAAUCCUGAACUGACGCAUCAUUCUGACUGAGGCCAUCGGGCGUCUUCGCGCUCGUCGCCACCAUGGCGUCCACAGAGCAAACACCCGCCCCAUUAAAUGGGAUCACGCCUCUUCAGCCGAAGAAAUUCAAAGCCUCGGACCUUCCCUUGCCGUCUGCUACACGGUCGGCGAUUGAAGGCUUAGCCCAUAGCUUCAAGAAAAAAGGUGGAUACGAUGCCAUUCGCAAACAAGUCUGGGAGAAGUUUGAACAGAGUGACUACGAAGCACAAGUCACAAAGUCUAUUCUCGAAGUGGCCGAACAGGAAGUCGAACGCAACCCAGGCCAGCUUCUUACCCUCGAACGUCGCAAAGCUGCUGCUUUGAUUGACGGCGCUCUCGACCGCUCAGGAGUCUACCAGAAAGCCGAAGCUGUUCUCGAUAAACUCAUCGAUGUGACGGCCAUAGAGGCUCGUAUGCGCGAGCUGCGGCAGGCUGAAAUUGGUGCCGAAAAAGCAGAAGAGGAACGAAUACGUGGUGCUAAGACGGAUGAGGAAUACGCCGCGGAAUCGACGGCGAAAUUAGUCGCCCGCGAACAGCUUCGCCAGGAGAUUCGCUUGAAAGAGAAGCAGAUACAAGAGGAAAAGCUGAAGAUUGAGCGCGAAGAGAGGAAGAAGCGAGAACGGGAGCGAGAACGUGAGAUUGAGGCGGCUGAAGCGAAACGCAAGGAAGAACGUGAUGCCCGUCGGCGAGAAAGAGAAAAGAAAGAAGAGGAGCGCCAGCGUGAUAGGGAGAAAGAGCGUGAAGAACGGCGCCGAGCUAGGGAACGUGAUCGUGAACUCGAUCGAGACACUCGACGCAGGUCGAGGACUAGAUCAAGGUCGCAUCACCGAGACAGGGAUAAUGACAGAAGCCGGCGACACGAUAGCCGUGAACGGCGUCGACGUGAGCGGUCUCCCCGAGAGGAGCGCGAUCGAGGUAAGACAGAGGAGAUCAAGAAGCAGCUUACUAAGGAGGAUCUUGAAAAACUUGAACAAGAAGCACUUGCAGAUCUGCUACGCGAGAGCAACAAGGACAACUCUAAACCGCUCGAAAUGGAGAUUGACCAAGCCCUGGCGCCACCCCCUCGUAGAACAAAGCCCGCCUCUGCUAUACAGCCUAUACGCCGUGACUCUGCGAAGACAUCGGAUGCAAAGAAGGUGCCGGACUUAGCAAAGACGGAAUCCAGAGAUUCAAUUACAAAAGAUGUUAAAAGUACUAAGGAAACGAAAGUUUCGAAUUCUAAGGAGUCGAAGAGUUCUUCAGAACCUAAAGAAAUCACAAGGUCUAAAGAUCAUAAAGAUUCGAAGCUGAAAGACGUACGCAAACCUAGCCCGGCACCAUCAAGAAACCAUCGGGAUCAAUCCCGUGGUGCGGCAGAUGACCGCAGACAUCGUGAACGCGCUCGAGAACGUAGUCACUCACGUGGCAAAGUUGAUAGACGGGAAAGGAGCAGAUCUCCCCAUCGAACUGAUCGUAGAGAACGAAGCAGGUCAAGAGUUCGUGUAAGAGACAGAACGCCUGAGAAGGAUACUUACAGGCCCGGAGAUCGUUAUCGAAGCCGGUCACGACAACGAGAUAGGGAUGCUAGAAACCGCUCUGAAACACGACCCGAACGGAGGGAUCGCAGCCGCUCGCUAGAUCGUUACAGACCGGAGCGUAGAGAACGGAGUCGUUCCCGUGCCAGAGACGAUCACGAAAAACGGGCUCGCAACACCUCAAGGGUUCGCACUAGUCAGCGCGACCGCUCCCGAUCACCACGGGAUCGCACGGAAAGACGGGAUAGGAGCCGCUCAAAGCUAACAUCAAGCCGGCGGGAGCGAAGCCGAUCUGCUCGGCGUGCACGUAGUCGGGAUGGGGACAAAGACAAAGAUCGCACAAGUGAGCGAGAGAAGGAGCGGAAAGGAGACCGAGACCGUGACCUGACCAAAGAACGAGAGAAAGAUCGCAGGGAUCGCGAUCGCGAACGUGAGCAUGACCGUAGGAGCCGUUCCCCGUCCAGACCAACUACAUCCAAAGGACCUGCCUUGAACGACGCCGAGACAUGGAAGCAGAGCGAAAUCAAGAGGCGUGAGCAAGAAGCGAAGGCUUAUUUGAAGGCGCAAAAAGAAGCUCGUGAAAAGGGUCUUCCCAUUCCCGGUCUAGAUGAUAGGCGGAGCACUGGAGACCGCUCUCCUGAAAUAAAAAGAUCGCGUGUUCCUGAUGAGAUUGAUCGCUACCGGCCCGGAGAACGGGAUCGAGAUCAUGACAGAGAGCGUGAUCGAAACCGGGAUCGUGACAGAGACAGAGACAGGGAAAGGGAUAGAGAGCGUGACCGGGACCGAGACCGUGACCGUGAUCGGGAGCCUGACAAGCGGGGCGACAAAUAUCCGGAACGAAAUAGAGAGGAGCGGCGGGACAGGGACCACGAAAGAGACCGGGACCGGGAUCGUGACAGCCGACGUGAACGGCGUCGAAGUCGAAGCAGAAGCCGCAGUCGACGUCGCGAACGUGACCGCGAACGAAGCAGGGACAGAAACCGAAGCCGGGAUCGCGAUAGGGCCCGUUCUCGUUCCCGGGAUAGAUAUCGCGAUGGCGAUAGGGAGAGGGAGAGGGACAGAGAUAGGGAUAGGGACCGGGACCGGGACCGCAACAAGGAGAGAGAUCGCGACAGAGAGCACGACCGGGAUAGGCGUAGCCGACGCGAACGAAGCGCCUCCCACCGGGAUAAGCGCAGACGUAGUCGUAGCCCCUGAUUCUCCCCCCUCAUUUUGGCUUUAUGAGCUCAAUGGAACACUUGACGUGUUGACACAUGAUGAUUAUGACCUUUUCAUAAGAAAUGUACAGCUAUGUAAAAUCAACAGGCCUAGGCGGCGGGCGAGGAGCCACAUAUUUCUGCUUCAACUUAGUUCAGACACACAAGCCGAGAAAUGGAGUUCAUAUUGAGGGUUCAAGGCUG